CACAAUGGGGAGAUUCCGCCCAGUAGUCUGUGUCUCUGCCCCUCCCACAAUGGGAAGAUUCCCCCCCAGUAGUCUGUGUCUCUGCCCCUCCCACAAUGGAGAGAUUUCCCUCCCGUAGUCUGUGUCUCUGCCCCUCCCACAAUGGCGAGAUUCCCCCCCCCAUCCUUGUAGUCUGUGUCUCUGCCCCUCACACAAUGGGGAGAUUCCCCCCAGUAGUCUGUGUCUCUGCCCCUCCCACAAUGGGAAGAUUUCCCCCAGUAGUCUGUGUCUCUGCCCCUCCCACAAUGGGGAGAUUCCCCUAAGUAGUCUGUGUUUCUGCCCCUCCCACAAUGGGGAGAUUCCCCUAAGUAGUCUGUCUCUGCCCCUCCACAAUGGGGAGAUUCCGCCCAGUAGUCUGUGUCUCUGCCCCUCCCACAAUGGGAAGAUUCCCCCCCAGUAGUCUUCUGUGUCUCUGCCCCUCCCACAAUGGCGAGAUUCCCCCCCCCCUUGUAGUCUGUGUCUCUGCCCCUCACACAAUGGGGAGAUUCCCCCCAGUAGUCUGUGUCUCUGCCCCUCCCACAAUGGGGAGAUUUUCCUCCAGUAAAUUGUGUCUCUGCCCCUCCCACAAUGUCUAUAUU